AUGGCGCAGUCGGUUCCACCGGGUGAUAUCCAUACCCAACCGGGGUCAAAGAUUGUCUUCAAUGCCCCGUACGAUGACAAACAUACAUAUCACAUUAAGAUUACUAAUGCCGGUGGUCGUCGCAUUGGUUGGGCUAUUAAAACGACCAAUAUGCGCCGUCUAGGUGUUGACCCACCAUGUGGCGUCCUGGACCCAAAGGAGAAUGUUCUCAUGGCGGUCUCGUGUGACACAUUCGAUGCAUCGAAGGAAGACAUCAACAACGAUCGUAUUACCAUCGAAUGGACAAACACACCGGAUGGCGCUGCGAAACAGUUCCGCCGCGAAUGGUUCCAGGGCGAUGGCAUGGUUCGUCGCAAGAACCUUCCAAUCGAAUACAAUCUUUAA